AUGGCUGAAUAUCUCUCCAAUCCGCAUGCAUACAACUACGCCCCCUCGUCGUCUCCGCCAUCUUCGCCUAUACCCUGGGACGAAUUAUCAGAAAAUUCAGAAAAUGAAUGUCAGGGUACCAGCCCUUGGAAGUUGGAAUCCGACCCGUACUCGGCGAACGCCAAAGCUACCCACAGCCCUUUGCGGCACACUAAAACCAAAAGAAAGACAUAUGCUCUGCCCCUCACCCCAGCCAGCUCUUUUACUAGCUACGAGCCCAGUUCUCCUAGUCCGGCACGGUCAAACAUCUCAACACCAAUUCGUGUACAGAAUCGAUAUACUCCAUCAAGGGAUCAAGCCUGGGAAGCAGCACUCAACAACGUUUUUCAUAAUGGUGCCACAAUCAUCGACCUCGAGUCCAAGGUUACAGAGAUUCCCCGGGAAAUCAUCGAUUUGAAUAAGAUGGUCUCCCUACCUCUCGAAUCACCCGAGAUUACAGAGCCCCCGCCUGUUCAGCCACCCGAAUCUCCAUCUCGGUCGAAUAUCAUUUCUGCAGCCGCGCGCUCCCGACGGGUCUUCUCCCAAUCGCGGUCAAACAAUUCACUCUUUUCCUCUGGAGCGCCUUCUAAACCUAAGCAAGAGAUACAAUUAUACCUGGCUAACAACAACAUAACCAUUCUACCCUCGGAGCUUUUUCAGUUGAACAAUUUGACACUAUUAUCCCUCCGCGGGAACAAGCUUCGCAAUUUGCCCCCAGCAAUAGGACAUCUCAAAUCACUACGUUCUUUAAACAUCGCAAACAACGAAUUGGCAACUCUACCCUCCGAACUAACAUAUCUCAAUCUCCAGACUCUACUCCUCGACCCAAACCCCUUUCUGCCAAAGCCAAGUCAAUUAUCAGUACAGCCAAUCGGACCGAAUGACAAGAAAAUUGCACGUUCGCAGGUAGCACGCCAAUUCGGGCCACUGGUAACUCAUACCCAAAUACCCAAACUUGGAGAGCUUGCACUUCGGGUUGCACUUUGUCCGUCUCCCGAGCAACCGCCUAUCAUUACCCCGUUAUCAUCUGCUACCCAUUCAACCCGACUUUAUGAUACCCUUUCGUCAAAAUCGUUGCUUACGCCCACCAACUCCCGCUCCUCUGUUUUCUCAUCUCCACGCGCACCAUUUUCAUCUCAUUCCAACUCGGACCUUAACCCCUAUAACCACCAUCCUUUCCCACCACACGCACUUGUUCUCGAGAGAUACUACGACCUGAGUCUAUGGCUCUCUGAACAACGCGAUGCAAAUGUUCAUAUAGAAGCCGUUCGAUACGGUACCGAAGAUGCCUGCAACCUCUACACCUGGUGCCCUAGCCGAAAACACCAAAAGGACGCCGAGCUCGAGUCCGAAACAAGCUCCUGCGGAAUAUUCGUCCAGCCCGCGGAAGAGCGGCUGGAAUGGGUUACCGUGCUUGCUGGAUGCGAGCUUUCGUCGGCUGUUCCUAUCUUAUGGCGCGGAUGCAGUGUAGGAUGCCUCGGUUUCUUGGACGGCAGCGACUCGGGCUUGGAAUCUCGGUCUUUGCGAGAGCGGGAUGAAGAUGAUGAGUUUAUGACGGGAUUUGGCGGAGCACCGCGCGGGAGUUUGGGAUCGAGCGAAGAUGGAACGCCCGUCGAGGCGCGUGCUCAGAUUGUUUGGGACGAUAUGAUGGAUUUGGAUGGGUAA